UGUCUACCUACAUCAAAGAAAUCAAAUGAACCAUCACAUUUUCGCGCCUUGUUUGUUGUUUUGUUGGUUAAUAAUUGUAGUAAGUAACGCACAAAAUCACACGACUGCUUACUUUUUGUGUACAUACCUGUUAAGAGGAUCUUUUUAAAAUGAAACGAGGUGCAUUGAUAGUUAUCGAAGGUGUUGAUAGAACUGGUAAAUCCACUCAGUGUAAAGAGUUGGUGAACAACCUAUUGAACAAAGGCGUGCAAGCUCAAUACACAAAUUUUCCUUCAAGACAGACUGAAAUUGGCAAAACUAUCAACAACUACCUCACAUUCAAGAAUAAUUUAUCUGAUGAAGCUAUUCAUCUCCUGUUUUCUGCUAAUCGCUGGGAAAGAGCUCAGGAGAUCCUGAAGACUUUGGAACAGGGAAUCAACAUUAUUGUGGACAGAUACUGCUAUUCUGGAGUAGCUUAUUCUGCAGCAAAGGGAUUGGAUCUAAAAUGGUGCAAAUCCCCAGACAUUGGGUUGCCUAAGCCAGAUAAAGUGUUCUUUCUCACCAUGCCACUAAAUAUUGUACAGACAAGAAAAGAAUAUGGAAAUGAACGUUAUGAAGAGCUAGAGUUUCAUAAGAAGGUUUCUGAGGUGUAUAUGAAACUAAAAGACGAAUCAUGGGACAUCUUAGAUGCCUCAAGGUCAAUUGAAGUCAUUCAGGAAGAUUUGCUCAAAAGAACAUUGGAUGUGGUCAACGAGCUUGAAGAUAAGCCUGUGGGCAAAGUGUGGAUGGACUCUCUUUGAUACUGGCAGAUGAUUCAUAGUUGCAGCUUUAUAUCAGCACAAUGUGGCUAUUCACUUCCGUUCAUGAGGCAGGGUUAUCUGCCUUAUUUCUCUGCAGCUAGCCACUAAGGUGAUGAGAGAGAAAGUGUGAUCUUCUCUCUCAUCAUCUUUGCGCAUUCCAAGUUGCACCCGCCACCAUAGAUCUUCGGGGCCUGGCGUCUGCUUUCCUACAUUUAUCUUUCCAUUUUGUCUGGUCAGCAAGGUUUUCUUUGGCCUGCCCCUGUUAUCCGGGCCCGGCGAAGGCAGCAUGGCCAGACAUUUGUUGCCCAAAUAGCAGAAAGGCUUCCGCAAAACGUGAUGCGAAGGAUAGAAGAUAUGCCUUCAAAACGUUUGUAAAUAACCCUAUGAAUAGCUAGACUGGCUUCAUGUAAUUACUUGAUAGACUCACUGCAGGAUGAUCACGGGCGAAAACUGGGCGCUAUUUAGCCCCGGCUAAAGCUCGCUCUUGGUAAAAAUAAUUAAUGGUAAGGAUAAUAAACGUUUAUAUUUUAAGGAGUUACAAGUAUAAGGUAAAUUUUUGUUAGAAAAGAUGUGCAUUUGUGACCAAAAAUUUGUUAGUUUAGGCUUACAUACAAAAGAAAUACAUAUUUUUUUUAACUAGAUUCAAGUCUUACAUUUACAUUUUGCUUUUGGCAUAGUGGUAAUUAUUGCCUUGUCUCCGAACUUGUAAUCCCAGGUUUUAUUCCACGCCAAUCCCCGCAGCAAUGCAUGAUAAAAACGGCAAAGCGCGAAAAAUUAUAGCUUUUUCGCUUAACUUUUCUUUCUACAUAGCCGCGACUUCGUUCGCGUGGAAUAGUUAUUUUGGGCAUGAUUGAAGCCCUCAAGGAAAAAUAUCAUCAAUUUGAUCCAAGUUUGUAUUUAUCUGUAUAUAUUUGCUUUAGUAUAGAAAAAAGAAUAGAGUUAAAAUCCCCAACAUAAGUCGAACUUAUUUUCGGGCUGGCUUCAUGUGAUUUGUCGAUAUAUUUAUACCAAUAAUAGUUUGAGUAAAUAAAACAAUUUUAUAACAAAACUUUUAUUUCUUU